UUCACGUAAUCAGGAAGCAAUCGUGUCUGCUCAGGUUCUGAACUUUAAAAAAAUUAUGCCAAGCUCAUUUUUUAUUGAGCAAAAUUAAUUUGGCAUCAAAGCUGACCAAUAAAUAAUACUGUUCAAAUGUAUUUAAUGUAGAUUGAUUUUUAAACGUCUUCUCUACCCGUUAAAAUUCCUAAUGAAAAUAUUGAAAAUAAAGAAUUUCUGGCGACCUCCGAAGUCGAAAUGGAUGCUGAUGACGACGCUGCUAUUUCAUUGUUUGAUCCGAGUAGUUGGCCCCAAAUCCUGAACGAGGAAAAUCGGAACAGAAUCUUGCAGUCAGUGCCAAAUUUUGAGUCUACCUUUACUUUCGUCCCAGUUAACGGUCACAAAUUUUCGGGAAGAUAUUUUACUGGAUCAAAGAAGAAUGGCGAAUCAUAUUUUCGUGAUUGGCUGAGAUUCAGCAAGAUUUCUAAUAGCGCAUUUUGUCUUCCAUGUUGCUUUUUCUCCUCCAAAUCUGGAAACAAAUCACCAUGGAGUAAUUGGGGGGUUGGAAAUAUCGGUUUCCAGGAUUUCAAACACGCGAAGCGGGGAGUUGAAGACCACGAGGACAGCCUUAGCCAUUUCGACGCGACGCGGACAUGGAAAUGUUUCCUAAAAAAUGUCAAGGAUCCCACAUCGCUAACAGGCACUUGUGUGAAAACCUAUGAUGAAAACAUCAAUCAUUGGAGAUUGGUUUUGCGUGGAAUAGUAGACGCCGUACUAUUCUUAGCCAAGAAUAAUUUGGCCUUCCAAGGUGGAAGUCAAAAAAUAACCGAUCCAAAUUGUGGAAAUUUUCUGAACCUCAUCAAGCUGCUUUCGAAGUAUUAUGCCCCCUUGGCCGCCCACGUCGAUCGCUUACAAAAAAACAGCCCAAGUUAUCUUAGUGCCAUCUCCCAAAAUGAAUUUAUUUUGCUCUGUGGCCAAAGAAUUCGAACAAAACUUGUCAAUGACAUUAAGGAACGAAAAUAUUUUUCAAUUUUAUUCGACAGCACUCCGGAUUCCUCUCGACAAGAUCAAAUUUCUCAAGUUAUUCGCACAGUGGAAUGCAAAGAAAUGGGUUGCCGAGUUGUUGAAAGUUUUAUAGACUUUAUCACUACGACCAAUAAAACCGGGCUUGGACUGUCUAAAGUCAUCCAGGAGAAGCUGGAAAUGGAUGGAUUGGACUUGAUGGAUUGCAGAGGACAAGGCUACGACAAUGGAGCAAACAUGGCGGGCAUCUAUUCUGGAGUCCAAGCAAGAAUUUUGGAAAUAAAUGACAAGGCAAAAUUUUUACCAUGUGCGGCACAUAGCCUGAACUUGGUGGGGGUUAAUGCAGCGGAGAAAGUACCUCCCGCAAAGCUGAUUCUUGGCGACGUCCAAAAUAUUUACUUAUUUUUUUCCGGAUCAACAUCAAGAUGGGAUGUUCUUCAAUCCAAAGUCAAGCUAACCCUGAAAUAUCAAAGUAACACAAGAUGGUCAUCAAAAACCGCCGCCGUCUCUGCAUUAUAUGACCAGUACCCAGAAAUCGUUGACGCCCUUACCGAAAUUUCAACCUCAGAGUCUUUCACUUCGGAUGUGAAUGCCAAUGCCCUUAGCAGAUUGCGGGACAUGCUAAACUAUAAAUUUUUACUUGGAAUCACUAUUUGGAACCAGAUUUUGUUCCAAAUAAACAUCUGUAAUCUCAACCUGCAAGAUAAAACAAUUGAUGUGAGUAUAGCCAAGAAGAAAUUAAAUGUCCUCAAAACUUGGUUGGAGAAUUUCAAGGAAACCGGAUUUCAGUCAUCCGAAGUCUUGGCGCAACAAAUUGCCGAAAACAUGGGAAUAGAGAUGUCAAGUGGAUUUGAAAAUAUUCGUCAGGGAAGAGGGAUAAAUCCACGUUAUAUGGACCGUUCGGAUGCUCUGGUUGCGCAAAAGCAAACCAACUAUGAACGAUUUGAAGCCGAUUUUUUUGACAAAUUAAUGGAGAAGCUCAUUUCCGAAAUCUCCCGCAGAUUCGACGCCUUUAAGAAGUGCACGGAGACUUUUGAAUUUUUGUGGGGUCGCAACCUUAAAGAGAUGGAAAUUCAAGAGAAACAAAAAUGCAUGCAGGAUUUGUGUCAUGAAUAUCCUUCCGAUUUUUCCGGUCCUACAUUUUUAAAUGAAGUUCAGAGUCUGGAGACCACCAUAUCUGCAUUUAACGAAACUGGCAGAGACCUUGCUCAAUUGGGACCCAUGGAUGUCCUUAACAUUCUUUACGCCAAUGGCUUAGCGUCUGCCUACCCAAACUGCGAGACAGCACUUAGGAUAUUUCUGACUCUGCCCGUCUCUGUUGCGUCAAAUGAGAGGUCGUUUUCGAAGAUGAAAACAGUCAAGAAUUACCUAAGGUCGACAAUGGGUCAGGAGAGGCUUAACGCCCUUGCGUUAAUUUCUAUUGGAAGAGAGGUUGCAGAUGAUAUUGACUUCGAUGAGGUGAUUAAUGAUUUCGCCUCCCAAAAAUGUCGCAAAAUUAAGAUUGUAUAACCUUGAAGUACGAGAUAGAGUGGUCGAAGUAGUAAAUAUUCUUUAAUAAAGUCAUACCUUUACUAAUUUGGACGUCAUUAAUAAGCUUAUCAUCAUAUUGAUCUGAUUUAGCACACAAGUUUAGAAUUAGAAUGUUAUGCAUAAACUCAUGGUAAAUUAUUAAAUGGGGCCGGGCCAGGAAAAGUUCCCAGGGCCGGGCCAGGCAAGUUUGGGCACUGCUUACCUGUAGCUUAACGUAAUAUUUAUUGUGUAAAAUAUGCACCCAUUCUUCAUAACAAAAUCUGGGUCGGGCUUUGCUGAAAUUAUUUUUGGUGACGUUUUUAAAUUAAGCAUUAAAUAAUUAGUUUUAAUUACAUAAAUAUAUAACCCAAAUUAGAAGAAGUGCCUGCUAAGGUUACUAAUGUAGUAUUCGUACAUUGUUACUAUGCACAAACUAUAUUUAUUUUUAAUAACAUAAUGCAUUUAUACACAAAAUUAACAAAUAUGUGUAUAAAUUGCUUAUUAAAGCUUAUUAUGUGUGUAUCUUUAGUGAUAACAAAACUUCAGAAUA